AUGGCCAACAUUUGGGUGGACAAUGAAAAUAUUGGUGUUGGACUGCCAGCCAUGUCAGCAAAGAAACGAAUUCCAUUGCAAAAUGGAAAUCCAAAACAAUCUGCAAAGAAAAGUGUCCUAAGCAAAAUUGACAAUGUGAUGCACCAAAAGCACCUGACAGCAACUCCUCUAAAGGCCACUCAAAACAAUUGCAGUGGUUUCAAAGAUAGAAGCCACGUCCGUCAUGAGGUGUUCAAGACCCCAGCAGUUGCCACAACUUCAAAGGCUAACAAUAAGGACUUUUUGUUUGACUACCAGGACCAUCCCAAGUGCUUGUCAAAGUGUACCAAACGCAUUGCUGAGCAAUGGGCCGACAAUCAGCUCCACAGUGACGACCUAUUUCACCAACUAUUUAAGGAUGUGGAGUCCUCCUAUAAAACUGCUGAUGAUGUGUUUAAUAUUCCCAAAAGCUACAUCUUCGAUGACGAUUUUGCCCAAGCUCCAGGUCUUUGGGAUACUAAAAAUACAUCAUAUUAUAAUGUAAACGAUAAUCAAUUGAAUCAGAUUGUACCAAUGCCAAACUUUGAUAUAUGUUAA